GCCGACAUUUCGUGUGCAGACACUGCGGUAUCAGCCUGCGAGCUUUUUCCCUAAGCCAUUUUAUUUUGCAGACUGAAGUGAGAAACCAAGACGCCGGUGCAUGAAUCAAACCUGAGUGUGUUAGUUGACAGAUUCCUCGGUUGUAGGCCUGUUGAUUAGCUGUCAGUAUGGCGGUAGUCAUCAGACUGCAAGGUCUGCCCAUAGUGGCCGGCACCAUGGACAUCAGGCACUUCUUCUCUGGCCUCACCAUCCCUGAUGGGGGCGUGCACAUCGUGGGUGGCGAGCAUGGCGAGGCCUUCAUUGUCUUUGCCACCGACGAGGACGCUCGGCUGGGGAUGAUGCGCACAGGUGGGUCCAUUAAGGGCUCCAAAGUGUCAUUGUUGCUCAGCAGCAAGACGGAAAUGCAGAACAUGAUUGAGUUGAGCAGGCGGAGGUUUGAGGGCGGCACGGGUGCGGGUGAAACCGCCACGCCCACGGCGCCUAAUCGCCAAUCUUCCGUGGCGGCCGUACCUGCGAUCCAGUCGGCCGCAGCGGGGCGAAGCGGUAGCCAUGGAAACCCCGCCUUCACUAACACUCCCGCUGUGGUGACUGCGACCUCUUCACAAGAGACCCCAAUUCACAAAGCCGCGGCUAGCCUGGCGAGUAUGAUGCCCAACUUUCCUCAUUCCUACAACACCGCCCCCGCUGUUACAACGGCCCUGACCUCGCUCAACGCGGGUCCCCUGCUCAUCGCCCCCAUGCCCAACAUGCCAUCCAUGUCAGGGAUGCCCACGUUAGCCGCAGUCCCUCCUCCCAUGUCAUCCCUACCCCCUGUCCCUACUGUCAGCCAACUUUCCCAUGGACCACCUGUACCGCCAAUGUCUCACCUGUCACACAUGCCCUCUAUGCCACCUUUCAACCCCACCAUGCCCCCGCCCGGAGGACUUGCCGCAGGCCUCCCCCUCAGUGCCCCAAACCCAAUGUUGUUCAACCCCAUCUCCCCUCUUGCGUCUCUGGGACUCCAGGCUCACAUGAAGGCCGCUGCAGUCACCGGAGUUACCGUGUCCGGUCCAGAUGAGUUGUUUGUCCUCUUGCAGAACCUCGCAUUCUCUUGCUCAGAGAUGGAGAUCAGGGAGUUUUUCCGGGGUCUGGGGGUGGACGGAGUGCGCUUUUUGAGAGACGGGCAGGGUCGUCCGACCGGCCGAGCCAUGGUCAAAUUCUUCGCGCCCCAAGAUAGUUUUGAAGCUGUGAAGCGAGGCGGCGGCAUGAUGGGUCAAAGGUUCAUUGAGGUCACCCCGGGCUCUGAGAGGCAGUGGGCAAACCUCAAUCAUAGCACAAUGGGCCUGACUCCUCAGCAUAGCGCCAAACCAAACAUUCACCCGCAAGACCAGCACCAACACCGUAGUCAAGCCGUCGAUGUUGGCCGUGAUCAGCGAGGGAGGUCCAGAUCGCCGCAUCGACAAGAGUAUUGCGUUUACCUAAAGGGCCUCCCUUACGAGGCUGACAAAAAACAGAUCAAAGAGUUCUUCAAGAACCUGGCUGUGGUGGAGGACACUAUGUACAUUGCCUAUGGCCCCAAUGGGCAAGCCACAGGAGAAGGCUUUCUGGAGUUCAAAACGGAGCAGGACUACAAGGCUGCACUGGCUUCUCACAUGCAAUACAUGGGACCGCGCUUCAUCCAGGUACACCCAAUCAGCUACAAGGGAAUGCUGGAAAAGAUUGACUCCAUUCGUAAGCGUGAGGCAAUGCAGAACGAUGGCAAGAACCAGGAUGGCCACAAAACACAGAGGAACUGUGCACAUAUCACCAACAUCCCUUACAAUAUUUCCAAGAAGGACGUCCGUGCCUUCCUGGAAGGCAUUGGGAUUUACGAAGACACGCUUAAGGUCCUGACCGACGCCCACGGCAAUGGUUUAGGGCAGGCGGUCUUCCAGCUACAGACCGAGGAAGACGCCCGCAAAACGGAAAGGCUUCACCGACAGAAGCUCAACGGCCGUGAUGCGUUCGUUCAUCUCGUAACCUUUGAGCAGAUGAAGGAAAUUGAGAGAAACCCCCCACCCCAAAACAAGAGGGGCCAAAGAAAUCAACACCAGAACCCACAGCAGAGCCAGAAGCAGAGCCAAAACCAGCUCCUGCAGGCUCAGGCAGUUCAGCAGCAGCCCCACAUGAAUCCCUUUCCAGGGAUUGGCGGCGAGGAGUUUAACUUCCUCAGAAAUACGAUGGGUAACCUUAACAGUUCUCCAUUUGUGCCCCCGUUCUCUACUCCUGGAAACGGUGUGACGGGUCCCCCUCCCCUCCCUCCGUUGGCGGUAGGACUCGGCGAAGUCAAUCUUGCCGUCACCCCGCCGCUAAUUCCGGGUCUCCAGGGAACCCCCCUUCUGGAACCGCCAGGUUUUCGACCGGGCGGAGCAGGGGCGCCUAUGUUUGGUCAGGAUGGACUCAGAGGCUUGGUGCCCUUUGACAACAGCAACAGGAAACCAAGCGGAGGAGUGCAGAACAGAGGCGGCCCUGGGCCCAUCAACAAUAACCAGGGGCGUCAAGGGGGCCCGCCUCCCGGCGGACCCCCGGGUUUCAACCCAGGUGCGGAGGGUCUCCCGACUCCCCCCGGAGCACCAAACAACCCGAACAGUCAACGCUCCUCUGCUGCCUCUGCCGCCCCCCCAACCGUCGUCAAGCUGCAGAACAUGCCGUUCACAGUCACCGCUGAUGAGCUCAUGGACUUCUUCUAUGGCUAUGAGGUGCUUCCGGGAUCCGUCUGCUUGCAGUUCAACGACAAAGGCCUGCCCACCGGCGAGGCAAUGGUGGCCUUCCAGAACCCAAAAGAGGCCGCCGCUGCCGUCAUGGACCUGAACGACCGGCCCAUUGGCGCACGGAAAGUCAAAAUUAGCUUGGGUUGAGGAAUCUGAGACCCUAACUGAAGCAGACUGACUGACUGACUGACUGAAAUGUUCCCCUUUCAGGCUGAGCUGGUUCUAGUAGGGUACUGGUGGCGAGAAUUUGCUGGCUUUUUGUUGACUGGUUGCCAGUGGCGACUCAUGCAUUUGCUACUUGGUAUUGAUGCCCACUGUAAUUGUGAUUUGACCACAAAAAUGCAAUUCAACAGCACACAGCUUACAUCAUCUGGAGCCGUUCAGAAUCAACAUUUGCAUUCAAAAUGACAAAAACAUGUAACUAACUGAAUAAAAUACACCAAAGUCACCCAAGAUGAUAAUGUAAGGAGACAGCUACUGAUUUGUUUUGCUGGGCCAAGGUUUGUUCUGACCAGCCAAAAGUGCUGACAUCAGUGAGGGGCCAGCACUCUGGCCUGAUGAGGAGUUUCAAAUGUAGUUUCAUGAGCUAGCGAUACUGUUUGAGAGAGCCCGGGGCAGAUUGUUCUGGCGGCACAUAGAGGCUAAUAUCCGGUUAAACAAAAAGUCAAACCCGUAUCGAAAACGAGAGAAAUGCUCCAAUGGACAGUUUGGGAAAAGGCCUGCCAAUAGAAGAUGCUGCAAGCCUGGGCCCAUUUUCAUGAUUGUUUUAGCUCCAAGUGCUUUAACGGUUCAAAUUCGCAAAAUACCCGAGAACUAGGACUAAUUUUUGCCACUAAUUCUAAACCAGCUCAUACCAUCUCAGUGCGAAAGGGGUCUUACUGUAAGUAAAUGCUAUCACAGCCCUCAACACAACUUUUUUUUUGAAAGCAUAACACAAACCCCUGAAGAUUUGUAUGUUCCAUUUUCGAGCCCAUUUUGAAGGCACUCACUUGAUGAUUACGACGAUGACGUGUUUUGCCUGGGCUGAAUCAUGUUCUGUCGCUAUGAUAACACCCAUGUUGCUACCUCAAUGUGUCCAUCAUGUCGCCCCCGCUGAGGUUUCACGUUUGCGGUUGCUACGCUAAUGCCGCUACAUCCUGUGUUGCUAUGCUAAUAUCUCUACAUGUCGUUGUUGUGGUAAAACGAGUCACAGAUUGUUCCCUUGCUGUCAUCAUUGAGUACAAUGAUCUCCUCUGUUGUGCUUUGCUUUUUCCACAUGACAGGUCUGCUUUUUUUUUUGUUUGUUUCUGUGCUCCUGCGUCGCGAUGAUGAUGAUAAUGAUGGAAAGCAGCUAAUGCUUUGUCACUGCAGUUAGCUGCAAAAGGGUGGAUAUUUUUGCCAAUUCUCCAGUAGAUUACCAUGAAGACAAUUUGAAAUAUUCCCCAAUUGUACCUGUCCUUUGGAAUUCAUGGGAAUUGAAGGUAAUAAAUGUGUCAUAUUGAGAAUUUUGGAUAAUAGGGGCUAUCAUUUGGAUACCUCUUUGGUUUCAACUGAGCAAAAUUUGGACAGACGAGUGCUGUUUGGUAGGGCCGACCGUAACCUGCUUCACGACAAGCAACACUUUGUCAGGUAGCGAGCAAUUCUUUGAGAAACGUUAAACUGCCACUCCCCGGUGAGGUUAACUGUCUAUGAAACAAAAUGGGACAUUGUUUAAAGCAACCACUUCACUGACUCACAAUAUCCAGCGCAGAAAGGACGAAAAAAAAGUACUCGCGAGCAUCUAUUCUUUAUCCUUUGCAAAGAAUGGUUGUUUCUGCGGCUUAACGAGACCGGCUGUUACUGCGGCUUAAUGAGAAGCCGGAACUAUAUCGAUGUAUCUGUUUUUAUACUGUACAAACAUGGCUGGCCUCACCAGAAAUUGAGAAAGAUGAUUUACGAUCCAUACAAUGAUUUGAAUUUGUAUCUCCAGGCACCAGUUCAUAAAACCCUUGUCGGGUUGCCCGUAAGUCAAGCUUGAAACUUCUUGUACGCCAACAUCCAUCGGAUCAGAUUGAUUGGGCGAUAUUAGCUCUUUUAAAAUGGUCUAAAAUGAAGUUUUAAACCCACUAUGAUCUUGCAGCACCCCAGAUUUUGGCAGAUUUUGCUCUGCCAAGUGAAAUUAAACAAAGUCUUGUAAAACGGUCCAAUGUUUUGCCUGUAAUUCAUCUCUCUAGUGGUGUAAGUCUUAAGGCACCAAACAAUUAUUUAUUUGACAUCUUUUUGUGUCAGCAAAAACAAAUCUAAAUUGGUCAUGCCCUACGAAGUUUUUUCUUUUCCCCAUCUUUUGGUUUGUCCCCUUCAAUUCUCAUGGAAAGUUUCCAACUUUGCCAUUUGCUUGAAUUUUGCGAUCCCAACUGUCAUCUGUGCUUCUUUUCUGGUGUACCGGCACGUCGAUGAACAUAGCGCCAUGCUGUGAAAUGGGACACACCUUUCUUUCUCUUUUCAUGCCAGACAUGUUCGAUCGAUUGAUGACAUGUAUAUUUUUUUUUGUCAAGGAUGAUGUUGCUGUGUUUGGAGACCCAAACAUACAUGAUGAUGACCUACACAAAGUAGAUGUGAGGACUGUUGCGUGGGCAGAUUUUUAGUUUGGUAGCAUUUUUGUUGUACGUGUUUGGACUUGAGAUAUUUUUUACAUGUUACCAUGAUUUCACACAACGUGCUUGAUACAUACUUGUGUUUUUUGGAUAAUAAAAAGGAUGUACAGGA